AAUUUGUUCGUAUCCCAUAUUUUUUUAAGCUCCCUCUUCUCUCCGUCUUCUUCCCUGCCCAAUGGCUCGUCCGAAUCGGGCCGGGUAAUCGAGAACAGAGCGAGAGGAGCGUCCUUUUUUCUAUCUGUCCUUUUAGCUCUCCGCUUUGUUCGUUCCGGAAUCCUUCGGGGGAGAUACAGAGAUCUCUCCUCCUAUGUGAUUUGCUUGAUCCCCGCCCGAAAGAGCCCAGAUAUUGCAUAAUUUUCUUCGGAGAAAGGAUGCGUUCUUGUGGAAGGUAGGAAGAUUGAGAUGCUCUUUUAUUUCUUUCGGAUCAGUCGUUGGUGGUAUUGAGAGACUGCCGAAUUCGAAGCGGAAAGCAGCAAUUUUGUUCUGUUUAACCGACUUGGCAAUUUUGGAGCUUGGAAUUAAGAGAGAUAUGGGGCUUCCGCGGUAUGAUUUGUAAUUGGUCAAGAACAAUUUUUUUGAUGUCGUCGAAAACCCGAGGCAGUUCCCCAUAAGAUGAGGGAUGACGGAGAGAUUUAUGAACUUCCUAAGGUCCUGCUGGGGGCCGUCGUCACGGCGGCACGACCACUCGGGCACCGACGCUCUUGGGCGGCAAGACGGGCUUCUCUGGUACAAGGAUAUAGGACGGCUUGCGAAUGGGGACUUCUCCAUGGCCGUUGUCCAGGCGAACAGCUUACUUGAGGACCAGAGCCAGAUUGAGUCGGGUUCGCUGAGCUUGCAUGGGCUCGGCCCCUACGGGACCUUCGUGGGGAUCUACGACGGACAUGGUGGCCCAGAAACAUCCCGGUACAUCAACGAUCAUCUUUUCCAUCAUCUCAAGAGAUUUGCAUCGGAGCAACAAUCAAUUUCAGCUGAUGUGAUACGGAAGGCAUUCAAAGCGACGGAAGAAGGGUUCCUAUCUCUGGUAACUAAACAAUGGCCUGUGAAACCUCACAUAGCAGCCGUUGGCUCCUGCUGUUUGGCGGGCAUUAUCUGCAGCGGAACCCUAUACGUUGCAAACCUCGGAGACUCCCGUGUUGUUUUAGGUAGGCUUGUCAAGGCAACUGGAGAAGUUCUGGCUGUCCAGUUAUCAGAAGAGCACAAUGCAGGGAUUGAGUCAGUCAGACAAGAAUUGCAUGCCUCGCAUCCAGAUGAUUCUGAGAUUGUAGUUCUAAAACAUAAUGUUUGGCGUGUCAAGGGAGUCAUACAGGUUUCUAGGUCGAUUGGAGACGUGUACCUUAAGAAAACAGAGUUUAACCGGGAGCCUUUGCAAGCAAAGUUCCUUCUUAGAGAGCCUUUCCAAAGACCAAUUCUUAGUUCUGAACCAUCAAUUUCUGUACUACCAUUGCAGCCGCAAGAUCAGUUUCUGAUAUUUGCCUCUGAUGGCCUUUGGGAGCAUCUAAGCAAUCAGGAAGCAGUCAACAUCGUUCAAAAUAAUCCAUGCAGUGGAAUUGCUCGGAGGCUUGUCAAAGCUGCACUACAAGAAGCGGCAAAGAAAAGAGAGAUGAGGUACUCUGACCUAAAGAAGAUUGAUCGUGGAGUUCGCCGGCAUUUUCAUGAUGACAUUACUGUCGUUGUUGUGUUCCUCGAUUCAAGUCUUACCGGCUGGGUCAGCUCACACAAAGGUCCAACAGUGUCAAUAAGAGGUGGUAUCGAUCGUCCUGCAAGUUCUCUUACGUCUUAUGCAAGUGCGAAGCUCGGUAAUUCUUACUGAAGGCAGAUCAUGUGGUUUCAUGUUGUACUAAAUUAAAGCACACAUUUUUCCAUACUGUUUCGAUCGACUCUUCUGCAAGCGAUGUUUUGCAGAUGGUCAAUUAUCAAUCUCACACCCUCAUUAAUUAAGGGAUGUCCAUCUUAUCUUUUAUGAACAGCAAGGAGAGGAGAGAUAGAAAUGUGAAAUUUUGUUAUCCAGGAA